CAGUUCUGUCAAAAUGCCUAUCUCCAAGGUCCACGCCCGUUCCGUCUACGACUCUCGCGGUAACCCUACCGUCGAGGUUGACGUUGUCACCGAGACCGGCCUUCACCGUGCCAUUGUUCCCUCGGGAGCUUCCACUGGCCAGCACGAGGCUCACGAGCUCCGUGACGGUGACAAGACCCAGUGGCUCGGAAAGGGUGUCCUGAAGGCCGUCAAGAACGUCAACGAGACCAUUGGACCCGCUCUCAUCAAGGAGAACGUCGAUGUCAAGGACCAGUCCAAGGUUGACGAGUUCCUCAACAAGCUCGAUGGAACCGCCAACAAGAAGAACCUCGGUGCCAACGCCAUCUUGGGUGUCAGCUUGGCUGUUGCCAAGGCUGGUGCUGCUGAGAAGGGUAUCCCUCUCUACGCUCACAUCUCCGACCUCGCCGGUACCAAGAAGCCCUACGUUCUCCCCGUGCCCUUCCAGAACGUCCUGAACGGUGGCUCCCACGCUGGUGGCCGUCUGGCUUUCCAGGAAUUCAUGAUCGUUCCUGACUCUGCUCCCUCUUUCUCCGAGGCCCUCCGCCAGGGUGCCGAGGUCUACCACAAGCUCAAGGCUUUGGCUAAGAAGAAGUACGGCCAGUCUGCCGGCAACGUUGGUGAUGAGGGUGGUGUUGCUCCCGACAUUCAGACCGCCGAGGAGGCCCUCGACCUGAUCACCGAGGCCAUCGAGCAGGCUGGCUACACCGGCAAGAUUAACAUUGCCAUGGACGUUGCCUCCAGCGAGUUCUACAAGGCCGACGAGAAGAAGUACGACUUGGACUUCAAGAACCCCGAGAGCGACCCCACCAAGUGGCUCACCUACGAGCAGUUGGCCGACCUCUACAAGGCCCUUGCCAGCAAGUACCCCAUCGUCAGCAUUGAGGAUCCCUUCGCUGAGGACGACUGGGAGGCCUGGAGCUACUUCUACAAGACUUCCGACUUCCAGAUUGUUGGUGACGACUUGACCGUCACCAACCCUCUCCGUAUCAAGAAGGCCAUUGAGCUCAAGUCUUGCAACGCCCUUCUGCUCAAGGUUAACCAGAUUGGUACCCUGACCGAGUCCAUCCAAGCCGCUAAGGACUCCUACGCCGACAACUGGGGUGUCAUGGUCUCCCACCGCUCCGGUGAGACCGAGGAUGUCACCAUUGCCGACAUUGCUGUCGGUCUCCGCUCUGGACAGAUCAAGACCGGUGCCCCUGCCCGUUCUGAGCGUCUGGCCAAGCUGAACCAGAUCCUCCGUAUCGAGGAGGAGCUCGGCUCCAACGCUGUCUACGCCGGCAACAAGUUCCGCACCUCUGUUAACUUGUAAAUGCAGCUACGAAGCAUAUGAUACAAGCAGGUCUUAGAAUCCACCAUGGACGUCUUCGAAAGGAAACAGACGGUUUGAAUUAGAUUCUACCUGGCACGUUCCAGGCCACAUGGUUAUAAAUGAGGUCUUGGGCACGAAACAAGCUGCAAAGAGCCCCCAUUUAUAUCCUGGGAGGCAUCUGCAGAUAUUAUAAAGAGUUAUGAUGAUGAAUUAAUAGGCAAAUUAAACAAAAUAUUUACCACAUAAUGAAAAGCACGUGUCCCUUUUAUCGUAGGGAACGAAUUAAGCAGGCAUCACAACAAAUGCAUGUAAAAUAGACAGUUUGGCCUCAUCGGGCAUUGACGGCAGCCAU